ACACAGCGCCUUUACAAAUAAAACAUUGCUUUGGUGGGGAGCGGAAUAAAUAAAGAGAGAGAAAAAGAGAGAGAGAGAGAGAAAGAGAGAACGGCUUUUCCUUUCGUUCCGGGUCUUCGUAAUGUCGCGUGUUCGCGCGAAAGGAUAUGAAAGAAGAGAAAAGGUGUAACGUUCUCUCCCCGAUGAAUUUCUAUCUGUGAACGCAUGAUAUUCCCCUCUCGCAGAUAUCUCACGUUUAUCUCGAUUCCCGGCUUGAGAACAGCCCGUUGGUUAUGCGCAACCUUGUUUGAGGCGCGCUAGAACCUUUCUUUAAAUACAUUUCUUAGUAGAUAUUGGACAUUGAGGUGUACACAAACAUUGCAUUGCAAUACAAGUGUUGCAAACCGUGAAUAUAUAUAUAAAUGUUAUACAUACGCAUGUGACAACGCAAACGGCAAUAUGAAGAUAAGCGUUGACGGAUUGAUCGUUUACUUCCCGUAUGAUUACAUUUAUCCCGAGCAGUAUGCGUACAUGCUGGAGCUCAAGCGUGGCCUGGAUGCCAAGGGCCAUUGUCUGCUGGAGAUGCCCUCGGGCACUGGCAAAACGAUAACUCUGUUGUCGCUCAUCGUGGCGUACAUGCUGGAGCAUCCGUUGGACGUAACGAAAUUGAUUUACUGCUCCCGGACGAUGCCGGAGAUAGAAAAAGUUAUAGAGGAACUGAAGAAGCUCAUGGACUAUUACGAGAGGGAGGUCAACAGCAAGCCAAAGAUUGUCGGUCUGGUUCUUAGUUCGCGCAAGAACAUGUGCAUUCACCCCGAGGUCAGUCGGGAGCGAGAAGGUAAGAUUGUGGACGGCCGUUGCCACUCGCUCACCGCGUCGUAUGUACGGGAGAGACAUAAUUACGACGAGUCUACUCCGAUCUGUAACUUUUACGAGGGGUUCGAUAUGGAGGGCAGGGAACAAAUCGUCCCCCCUGGCAUCUACUCCAUCGACGACCUGAAGGAAUACGGGAAAGAUCGUAACUGGUGUCCUUAUUUCCUAGCGAGAUUUACAAUCCUGCAUGCACAGAUUGUAGUGUACAGUUAUCAUUAUUUAUUGGAUCCAAAGAUCGCCGAGACUGUGUCCAAAGAGCUGAGCAAGAGCUCGGUGGUUAUCUUCGACGAGGCUCAUAACAUUGAUAAUGUCUGCAUCGAUUCCAUGAGCGUGAAAAUAAACAGGAAGUUAAUGGAGAGAAGUUCCGCUAACAUACAACUGUUGGAAAAAACCGUGGCUGAAAUGAGAGAAGUCGAUGUAAAUAAAUUGAAGGAAGAGUACGAGAGACUGGUCGAGGGAUUGAGGGAUGCUCAAUUCCAAAGAGAGACCGACGUCAUCUUAGCCAACCCUAUUUUACCGAACGAGAUACUGGAAGAGGUCGUUCCGGGUAAUAUAAGAAACGCCGAGCAUUUUGUCAGCUUUCUGAAACGAUUCGUCGAAUAUCUGAAGACUCGCCUGCGCGUUCAACACGUCGUGCAGGAGUCGCCUGCGGCGUUUCUAAAGGAUAUCCAAACGAAGGUUGCGAUCGAGCGAAAACCGUUGCGAUUUUGCGCGCAAAGAUUAGCGUCUCUCUUGCGCACUAUGGAGAUAACAGAUAUCACGGAUUUCUCUCCAAUAACCCUGGUGACGCAUCUUGCGACAUUGGUGUCCACGUACACGCACGGCUUCACGAUUAUAGUGGAACCAUUUGACGACAAGACACCGACAGUGUUGAAUCCAAUUUUACAUUUUAGCUGUCUGGAUUCUUCCAUCGCUAUCAAGCCCAUAUUCGACAGAUUCCAGUCCGUGAUAAUCACUUCUGGAACCUUGUCCCCGUUAGACAUGUAUCCCAAAAUUUUAAACUUUCAUCCGGUCAUAAUGUCAUCGUUCACAAUGACAUUGGCUAGACCGUGUCUUUUACCCAUGAUUGUUGCCAAAGGUAACGAUCAAGUUGCCAUUUCGUCGAAAUACGAGACACGAGAAGACGUGGCUGUCAUAAGAAACUACGGUCAAUUGUUGGUCGAAUUCGCCGCGACGGUGCCCGACGGCUUGGUCUGUUUUUUUACAUCAUAUUUAUAUAUGGAAUCCGUAGUGGCAGCUUGGUACGACCAAGGAGUUGUGGACCAACUUCAGAGGCAUAAAUUAUUGUUCAUUGAAACGCAGGAUUCGGCGGAAACCAGUCUAGCUCUGAUCAAUUACAUAAAAGCUUGCGAGAACGGUAGAGGAGCCGUUCUGCUCUCGGUGGCCCGCGGAAAAGUGUCCGAAGGCGUUGACUUCGAUCAUCAUUUAGGCAGAGCCGUGUUGAUGUUUGGUAUACCUUACGUAUACACGCAGUCGCGUAUCUUGAAGGCGCGCUUAGAGUAUCUCAGAGAUCAGUUUCAGAUCCGAGAGAACGAUUUCUUAACUUUCGACGCCAUGAGACACGCCGCACAGUGCGUAGGGCGUGCGAUCAGAGGAAAAACGGAUUACGGUAUCAUGGUGUUUGCAGAUAAGAGAUUCUCAAGAAUAGACAAGCGAAGCAAAUUACCGAAAUGGAUACAGGAACAUUUGAACGAUAGCUUGUGCAACUUGUCAACCGAGGAAGCUAUACAGAUCAGUAAAAGAUGGUUACGACAAAUGGCACAGCCAUUUACGCGCGAGAACCAGCUUGGAUUGUCGUUAUUGACGAGAGAACAACUUGAGAAAGAAGAGUCUGCCAAGAUCGAACAAAAGGCUCAGCAAAAUUGAUAGCGCGACAUUGGCACUAGGCCGAGCAGUCCGUUUUAGGCAGAGUGAUCUGUGCGAUUUACAGAAAAUAUAUUUCAUAUGCUGCUUGUUGUACAAAGGCCUAUUCAUAAUUUGUACUUUCAAUCGCAACUAUAUUAUAAGGAAUGUAAAAUAUACUUUUUUCCAAUA